AUGGAUUGUUUGACUGCAGAGUCACUGCCAUCCCGUAUCGCCUCCUUGGUGCAUGCGCAUUUUGAUGGCCUGCCUGCUCGCAGCAAGCCCACCAUCUACCCUGAUGGGUCGAGAGAAUGGAUCCCCAUGUCCGGGAUCGUGGUUGUAAAAGGGGAGAAUACUGCCUCAGAGAAAUUAACCUGUGUAGCAGUCACUACCGGUGCAAAAUGCCUUUCAGCGUCUCAGGUAUCCAAAAGCAGAGGCCUGGUGCUGCAUGACUGGCACGCGGAGGUUCUGGCCCUCCGCUCAUUCAACUACUGGCUCCUGUCUGAAUGCCACAACCUGCUGGCCCAGGAACAGCAUGCAAGACCAUCAAAUUCAGCGAAUACACCAGGAGCAGCAUCCUCACCUUUCAUCCGCCGCAGGCAACUCACCGAAACGCCCAGCGCAGCGCAAUCAGAUCCAAACCCCGCCUGGCCCCCCUUUGAACUCCAACCCGACAUCAAAAUCUACAUGUACUGCACCUGCGCACCCUGCGGUGACGCAAGCAUGGAGCUCUGCAUGGCCGCACAAGACGACCCAAGUCCCUGGGAGGUCGCACCGGGACCCGAGCGCACCGAGUCACCUGGCCCAGAACUCCUAGAUGGCCGGGGAUACUUCUCCCGCCUCGGCAUCGUCCGGCGCAAGCCGGCGCGCGCGGACGCCGAAGCAACUCUCAGCAAGUCGUGCUCGGACAAGCUUGCGCUGCGGCAGGUGUCGUCUCUCCUAUCGUACGAGGCGAGUCUGCUCGUUGCGCCCACUCGAAACGCGUACAUCGAGGCCCUGAUCCUCCCUGAAGAGGAGAUAAGCCGGGUUGGCUUCGAGCGGUGUUUCAGCGCCUCGGGGCGAAUGAAGACGCUGAAUGGUAGGUUCUGGCCGGCGCAAGUUGAUAGCGUAGUACAAUACGGAUACGGGUUCCAUCCCUUCCGUGUUCCCUCUGUCCCCAACGACCUGAUCGAGACGAUCUGGCCAUUCCGGAAACCGAAGCCCUCGUCAGAAGCUACGACGCCAACGCAGACCUCGCCGAAGAAGAAUAAGCCAGGGAACGUAUCGGCCGUGUGGGUGGCCGCCCCCUCACUUCCUCAUCCGUGUCCCAUUGCAUCGGAUAACGGUGCCAAGUCCUUGCCGGUGCUACGGGGCUCGAGGACGGGCUUGUACGAAACCAUCAUCAACGGGGUGAAGCAGGGGAAUCGGGCGGCAUCUGUUACGCCUCGUGGUGCUUCUGCGUUGUCGCGCGCGAAGCUCUGGGGCUUGCUCCGCGAUAUAGUGCGGUCAUCAUGCUCGGGGGAUUCUACUCUGGAGGUUGUUGAUGGAGAGAUUGGGUUGCAAGCAGGCAAUAUCCCGGAAACUGGGCCGUCUCUGCAGGAUACGGCGCUUUGUCAAUUGAUUGCAGCGUCCACGUACGAGCAGUUUAAGAAGACGCCAGUGGCAUUGACGCCUUCCGUGAAAGCACGUAAAGAUGCCGUUCAAGAGGCCAAGGAGGCCUUGAAAGGAUGGAUCUCUAAUGAAGGCGAUGAACAAUGGGGACUGGAGGUUCUCAUUGAUCCUAAAAAGCGCAAGCGCUGA